AGUGUGUCAUCUUUUUCAAUCUCAAGGUUAUUAGUUGAUUGGUUAAUGAAAUCAAGAAGAGGUGUCUGAGGGGUUUACAAGUUGCUUUUUCCUUCUUUUGUCUUAAGAAUGUUUCGGAUUAGUGUUGUGAUCCUACUGUUAGCAGUUACUCACAGUGAAGUUGGUUUCGCACAUAAUAUGGAAAACCUCAAAGACCGCGUUAGAAAAAUAUUUUAUCAUGCUUACGAUAAUUACCUUAAGUAUGCAUAUCCCUUAGAUGAGUUAAGACCGCUUUCAUGCGAUGGGCAUGAUACAUGGGGGAGCUUCUCGCUGACACUGGUAGAUGCACUUGAUACACUUGUUAUAAUGGACAAUGUUACUGAGUUUCGUCGUGCUGCACGUGCUCUUCUUGAUCACUUAGAUUCUGAAAAAAAUGUCAAUGCUUCCGUUUUCGAAACUAACAUCAGAGUUGUCGGCGGGCUCAUCUCGGCUCAUCUUUUGUCACGCAGGGCCGGGUUUGAAGUAGAACCAUCUUGGCCGUGUUCUGGACCACUACUAAGGCAAGCAGAAGUGUUUGCUUCUAAGCUUUUGCCUGCUUUCGACACCCCGACCGGGAUGCCAUACGGUACUGUCAACUUCGAACUGGGUGGCGUUCCUAAAGGCGAGACUACAGUCACGUGCGUUGCUGGCAUUGGUACAUUUAUUUUGGAGUUUGGGGCACUAUCUCGUCUUACAGGAGAUCCCAGGUACGAGGCUGUUGCAACACGUGCUCUUAAAGCUAUGUGGAAAUACAGAUCUUCUCUUGGAUUACUGGGAAACCAUAUUGAUGUUAUCACUGGAAGUUGGACAGCCCGCGAUGCCACUAUUGGUUCAGGAGUCGAUUCUUAUUUCGAAUAUUUGGUUAAAGGUGCAGCACUAUUUCGCCUUCCUGAGCUGGAUUCCAUGUUUCGAGAGUACAGAUCAGCAAUAGAAAAGCAUAUUCGACAUGGUGAUUGGAAUCCAAUGAUAAACAAGGAUAAAGGUGGAGUUACAAUGGCAGUAUUUCAGAGUCUUGAAGCAUUUUGGCCUGGUUUAUUGGCACUUACAGGUGAUAUUGAGUGUGCUCGCAGACAUUUGAUUGCUUAUCAUGAAAUAUGGAGAAAAUAUGGAUUUCUUCCGGAGUUCUAUAGUUUAUCUGACGAAAAGGCUUACAAGGGUCGUGAGGCAUACCCAUUACGACCAGAAUUAAUUGAAUCUAUUCUCUACGUAUAUCGUGCGACACGUGAUCCUGCUCUGAUUGAUAUGGGCGUGGACAUUUUGACUUCAAUUGAAGUCUCAGCGCGUACACCUUGUGGUUUUGCGACGGUUUCAGAUGUUACAAAACAUACUUUGGAAGACAGAAUGGAGUCGUUUUUUCUAGCGGAAACAACAAAAUAUUUAUACCUAUUAUUUGAUGAAAACAACUUUAUACAUCAGUUACCAGGUGAAAAAACAUCGUUAGAAGGUUCUCGUUUACCGUCAGGACUUCAAUGUUAUCCAGAAUCAGGUGGUUACAUUUUCAAUACAGAAGCUCAUCCUAUUGAUCCUGGUGCUUUGAAUUGUUGUUUUGCGCCUCAAUUAGAUGAAGUUGAACAAGCAUCCAAAGUUGAAACAUUGUUCUCUGAUUCUAAUCAUUUUAAAAUGCUAAAUAAUCAUGAAUUUGACAGUGAUACUAAUACAUAUGAUCAAGUUACAGAAAUUGAUUUACUUUCUACCAUUGAUUCAGUUUUCGGUGAACAUGUUCAAUCUCAACUUGGUUAUUCAUUAAGUGAUUCCUUCGCUCGGAUAAUAAAUCAAUCAUCAUCUAAUUGUUUUAAUAAUGCAUAUUUUGAUUCUAAUAUAAUUGUUUCCUGGAUAGAACUUCGUGAAAUUAUCAAAUCCUCAGCUUUAGAGACUGAAAAAGAAAAUGAUAAAUUCAGUUUUUUGGAUUCAACUAAACCUCCACUACUCACUUGCCCAUAUCCAUCAUUUCAAAACCGAUUUGCUUUAUCCGGAUUAUUAACAUCAACAUAAUUUCAUUUCUACUUUCUAAGUUUUAAAGCUUGGUGGUUUUCGUGUAGAUAUUUUCUGUAUAGUUAGCUUUCUCCGUAGUGCAUUUUAUUUGAAAUUCCUAUCAUUUCAUAAUUCCUGUGAUAUACACUCAGAAAAAUAUACUAUAUACACCGCUGAUAUUCAGAACAUUUGCUCAAAAUCUUUAUGGAUUAUAACCAGUUAAUAGCAUAUCAGUAAAUUCUGUCAUUUUUAACUAGCGUUAUUUGUUUUUUCCAUGUUAUUAGCCCUGUCGUUCAAGUUACUCAUUCCCUUCGUUUGACCUGGAGAUAUAUUCUCUUUAAGAGCUUGAUGUGUGAUAAUUUCCUCUGUGAAACAUGUCAUCAGAUGCUGCUCUACUUUUGUUAGCGGGACAAUGAUUGAAGUAAAGCAUAUCCUUGAUAUGAAAUAUCAAGGAUACUAUAUUGAUCAAGUUUGGAUGGAAUAUAUAUGAAUUCAAAAUAUCAAAAAAAGUUCAAAAUAUACAUUCUAUUAAAUAACAAAUGUGAAAAUACAGAAUAUACAAGUUUUUAUAAUGUAUAAGUAGUAUAAAGUAAUUUUCAUCUCCAUUAUCGACGAUAACGAAAUCGUUUAAAAUGAAACCAUAAUUGAAAGAUAUUAUUUUGAAAUUGACAUCGAAAUCCAUGUUUAUACGAAUAUUCCCAUUCACGAUUAACAAUUUUAAAUGCAAUAUCUUCAUAUGGUGGUCCAGCGAUAAAACGUAGAAUAGCAAAAUCUUUCUCUGCUUCACCGCAUGAUGUUAAUGUAUAAGUUGGUGUUUUAGUUUUGUCAAUUAAAUCCGGAUAAAAAACAUUGAAUUUAUAGCCUUGAACAAUUUUAGGCGGUGGAUUAUCUAAAUCAUAAUGUGUUUGAUUAUAUUUGUUCCAUACAAAACCAGUAUGAACACGAUUAAAGAAACGUGGUUUUCUUGGUCUAUAUUUAUCGGACCAAAGGAAAGAUUGAUCUUCAACUGGAAUCUGGACGACAAAAUGAAACAAUAGAUAAAUUUAUAAUACGCAUCAUGGGUGAAAUAAAGACAUGUUGUGGUUUAGAUCAUAAGCUGAUUUCAGUUAGAAAAUCACUACAUCCUCCCAAAAAACAUUGGACAAUUAUUUUGUCCUAGUACAAAAUUUCUUUGUGGUAGGUGAUGAGUACUCGAGGCGCUGCCAGCCACAGAAUCCAGGACCUUGUGCCCAAGGUGUUACCCUUCAACUAAUUAGUUUUCGACAAAUGCUUUAUACUUCUAAAUGGUUAAUUUGCAACAUAACCCAACCAUUACCAUCGAAGACAACUGACACAUAUGAACUUCAAUGAUCACAGAUUUUUACUAGAACUUCAGAAAUUCUUCAACAACACUUUGCAUAACAGACUGACUAAUAGUAGCCGAACUACGACCUCUGGUAUCGGCACCGCAUGCACCAGCGACUCCACUAUUUUCUUCUAAUCGACGCAAUUUAUUUAAUUCAUCUUCAACAACAGUUGUAAUAUCACGCCAAUAUUCUGCAUUACAACCUUUUUCUAAUUCCAUAUACACUACCUAUAGUUC